AUGAGUUCAAGAAUCGACCUCUCAAACUCAAACCUGUCUCGUCUUCCUGAUUCUGUCUACUCCAAGGACCUCCUUUUCCUGUAUAUCGAUUGCGAACCGCGUUUUUUUUCAUUCCUCGAAAUAGAUCUGUCUUGUCCGUCCAACUCAGCCUGCGUUUUCAACGGACCAGGUUGCUUCAAUUGUCUGUGCUUGUCGGACUACUUCGGUUUCCGUUGUUUAUCACACGGCACCUUUCCAACCAUCAUAUUUGUACUCUCUACGCUUGGCGUCAUGAUUGUAAUUUGUGGUCUCCUUCUACUCUACCGAUUAACCGGUCGUCAGGCAGCCUACCAGGAGGUGCCGUCUCAGGAAAUCUAA